CCAAAUGGCAUGGAGAGCACUCAGACUUGCUGUGUUGGAUCCACAAGAGAUGGCUAAAAGAAUUGCUACAUCCAACAUUUUACUGAUCCAAUCCAUCACAAUUUGCUUUUCAACUGCUUUGAUGGAGACCACCGUCAGCAAACUGUGUACACACGCAGUAACCGUGUUUGGGCAUCCUUCCAAAAACGCAUUCUUGAGAGCUUUAAUAAAUAUGCCUUCUGAUUGAUUGGCAGAUGAUGCCAAGACAACCACUGAUCCAAGAAUCCACAAACGCCGUGUUGAAGGGUUUAAAGCAUAUCCAUCCAAACGACGAAUCAGUGUCUCGGUACAUGAGCUAUCAGUCAGUACACAUUCAACGAGAUAGCAUGUGGCCUUUGCGCUAGAAUCAGUUUGCACAAUGCUAUGGUCUUCCUCCAAAAGCUGCAAAGCGAGACGUGCAAUAUCUCGGUGAAGUAAAGAUCGAGUGGAUUGCGCAGGCAGCGUUUUUAUAAUAGCUUCCGCAACAGUAAUCUGCCAUGUGUUUUCAACUUCCUGCUCCACUAAAUAAAGGUAUCGCAACAGUGGUGUCAAAAUAUCCAAUAUUCUUGCACUAGAAACGGAAAUUGUACUCUUGACAGUUACUAGUGAAGUGGUAUCACUUUGAAUCCCGCCAAGCUUAAGCAAAGUAGAAAUGCUUUCAAAAGAACAAGCAAAUUCAAUAAAACGUAAAUGAUUUGGU